AUUGUGCUGUUUGGAGCGUGUGGGAUGCUCCUGCUCCUGUCUCUGCUGGUUGGAGCCAUGAUGCCCUCCCAGGCCUCCCCUACCUGCACUCAGCCCUCCUGCAGAGAGGCUCUGGUGGCUGCUCUGGUCCCUGGGCCCUGUGAGGGUCAGCCCGGGACAGGCAGCUGCAGGACUCUCCAGGCAGACGCACCGCGGAGGAUGGAGCAGAGACAGGACGUCAGUCACACUCACACUAAGACAGGAGUCAAAGAGCGUUUGGUUCAGCUGCAGCGCUGCAUGCGCUCUGUCCAGGAAACUGGGGGCCCCUGGAGUCACGGGCCCCAGGAGGACUCUCUGGGGGCCAUUCUGUCGCUGAUGGCAGCGGUGCUGACAGAGUGUGACCUUCACUGUCACAGCCAGGCGCUCGGGGCCAUGGCCAAGAGACUGGAGAGCGCAGCAGUGGGACGAGAGGGAGAGAAGGACCUGCUGCUUUUCCUGCAGAGCAUCACACAGCACACUCCCACAGUCCCUCCUUUAGAGCGGCUGCAUCCCAAAGACUGUGCAGAGAUUUACAGGCUUGGCAUCAAAGAGAACGGGAUCUACACCAUCCAGCCUGACCUGCAUGGCCCAGCUCUCGAGGCUAAAUGCGACAUGGAGGCAGCGGACGGUGGGUGGACAGUGAUCCAAGCACGUUACGAUGGGUCAGAGGACUUCAACAGGACGUGGGAGGAGUAUCGAGAGGGCUUCGGGAGCCCACUGGGGGAGCACUGGCUGGGGAACUCAGCCCUGUGCGCCCUUACUGCAACAGGGCAACACCAGCUCCGCAUAGAGCUGGAGGACUGGCACCAGCAAAAGAGACAGGCCACCUACAGCAACUUCAGAGUGGCAUCGGAGGCACAGAGGUUUCGUCUGACAGCAAAGGAGUUUUCUGGAGAUGCUGGAAAUGCCCUUAGCUACAGUAAACGCUACAACCAUGACGGCAGAUUCUUCAGUACCUUUGACAGGGACAACGACAGAUACGCUGCCGGGAACUGUGGCCAAUACUAUGGGGCAGGCUGGUGGUUCGACGCGUGUUUAGCUGCAAACCUCAACGGACGCUACUAUAGGGGGCGCUAUAGCGGAGUGACCAAUGGGAUCUACUGGGGCACGUGGUACAUCCUGACAGACGGGCGGACUGGAGAGCGCUACUCGUUUAAAAGAGUCGAGAUGAAGACGAGACCCAAGAACAUCCUGGGAACGUCAUGA